UCCUCGUCUCACUUUCCUUGCUCUCUCUAGAACUGUUGUGUUUAGAUUAUCUGCUGUCUGCAAGCUUUGUUCCUUGCAGUUUUUCUUUCUGGAUUUGUGCCUGUAAUGGCCGUUGCAUGCUCUUCUCCUGUUUCAAAUUUGACGCAGCGGCGGCCGUUGUUGAGUCUACAAGACCCAGGUACUCCCAAUAGGCGGGUGAACUUGGUGCAGCUCCCUUCCCGCUCUAUUUGUUCUCAUCUCGUUCGAUUCGAUGUCGAGUCUCGAUUUGUCGUCCCUUUGAGGAGGUACUCUCGUGACGAUGAUAUUGGUAGAUACAAGUUUAGAAGAAACAAGGAUAAUGCUCGAAGGCCGCAUGCUUAUAAAUUUGGGGAACGCGGGAAUGAAACUUCGGGGACUACUAAUUGCAUCUCUUGCUUUCUUAACCUGAAAAGAAGAUGUCCUAGUAUUAAAAGAUCCACUCCUAGAUUCAUUCUUGACAAAUCUGCUUUUCAGUUAUCCAAGAAUGAGCGUGACGGUAAAGUUGUGAAGCAUGCCCGUAUUGUUUGUGGAACUGUAGGUCCAGAUGAGCCUCAUGCAGCAGCCACGACCUGGCCUGAUGGUAUUCUGGAGAAACAAGAUUUGGAUACUUCAUAUCCUGAGUUUGGAAGAGCGGAGUUAGAGGCAUUUCUUAGUUCUGAGCUCCCGUCUCAUCCAAAGUUGUAUAGAGGGCAAUUGAAAAAUGGAUUGAAAUAUCUUAUUUUACCGAAUAAAGUUCCCCCCAACAGGUUUGAAGCACACAUGGAAUUCCAUGUGGGGUCAAUUGAUGAAGAAGAUCAUGAGCAAGGAAUUGCACACAUGAUUGAGCAUGUAGCCUUCCUUGGAAGUAAGAAACGUGAAAAGCUUUUGAGUACAGGCGCGCGAUCUAAUGCCUACACUGAUUUCCACCAUACUGUGUUUCAUAUUCAUUCACCAACUAGCACGAAGGAUUCUGAUGAAGAUCUACUUCCAUCUGUUCUCGAUGCCUUAAAUGAGAUAGCUUUCCACCCGAAGUUCCUUGCUUCACGAGUUGAAAAGGAGAGACGUGCCAUUCUUUCUGAACUACAGAUGAUGAAUACAAUUGAAUAUCGUGUUGAUUGUCAGCUGUUACAACAUCUGCAUUCUGAAAACAACCUUAGCAAAAGGUUCCCAAUUGGAUUGGAGGAACAGAUUAAGAAGUGGGAUACCGAUACAAUAAGGAAGUUCCAUGAGCGAUGGUACUUCCCUGCAAAUGCAACCUUAUACAUUGUUGGAGAUAUAGAUAACAUCACAAAGGCCGUUAACCAGAUUGAGGCUGUCUUUGGUGAAACUGGCCUAGAAAAUGAGGCUGUUUCUACACCUAAUCCCAAUCCAUUUGGUGCAAUGGCUAGUUUUCUUGUUCCCAAGAUCUCAGUUGGAUUAGGUGGCAGCUUUUCAAACAAGAGAUCAAAUUCAGUAGAUCAAUCCAAGAUCAUUAAGAAAGAAAGGCAUGCAAUUCGUCCUCCUGUGAAGCACAAUUGGUCGCUUCCUGGGAGAAGUGUAGAUGCAAAUCCCCCACAGAUAUUUCAGCAUGAGUUACUUCAAAAUUUCUCAAUUAAUAUGUUCUGCAAGAUUCCAGUAAAUAAGGUUCAGACAUUUAGUGACCUGAGAGAUGUUCUUAUGAAGAGGAUAUUUCUUUCUGCUUUGCAUUUCCGUAUAAAUACAAGAUACAAGAGUUCAAAUCCACCAUUCACUUCCAUCGAGUUAGACCAUAGUGAUUCUGGAAGGGAAGGGUGCACUGUCACCACACUAACAGUAACAGCUGAACCAAAGAAUUGGCAAAAUGCAAUUAAAGUUGCAGUUCAAGAGGUACGGAGGCUUAAAGAGUUCGGUGUCACCAAGGGUGAACUGACUCGAUAUAUGGAUGCACUUCUAAAAGACAGUGAACACUUAGCAGCAAUGAUUGAUAACGUGUCAUCGGUUGAUAAUUUGAAUUUUAUAAUGGAAAGUGAUGCACUGGGGCAUACCGUUAUGGACCAAAGACAAGGUCAUGAAAGUUUGGUUGCUGUUGCUGGAACAGUUACUCUUGAAGAGGUGAAUUCAAUUGGUGCUGAAGUGUUAGAGUUCAUCUCUGAUUAUGGAGAGCCUACUGCACCACUUCCUGCAGCUAUUGUUGCAUGCGUUCCAAAAAAAGCACAUAUUGAUGGAUUGGGGGAAACAGAGUUUAAGAUAACUGCAAGUGAGAUAGUUUCUGCUAUUGAGGCAGGCUUGGGGGAAUCUAUUGAAGCUGAACCUGAACUUGAGGUCCCGAAAGAGUUGAUAUCAUCAUCGCAGAUAGCUGAGUUAAGGAUGCAACGCAAGCCAUCAUUUAUUCCUUUAAACCCAGAGACUAUUCUCACCAAAUUUCAUGAUACAGAAACAGGGAUCACUCAAUGCCGUCUGUCAAACGGAAUUCCUGUGAAUUAUAAGAUUUCAAAAAGUGAAAAUAAGGCAGGCGUGAUGCGGCUUAUAGUUGGUGGGGGGCGAGCAGCUGAAAGCCCUGACUCGCAAGGAGCUGUCGUGGUUGGUGUUCGAACUCUCAGUGAGGGAGGUCGUGUAGGAAACUUUUCAAGGGAGCAGGUGGAACUUUUUUGCGUUAAUCACUUAAUAAAUUGUUCUCUGGAGUCAACCGAAGAGUUCAUUGCUAUGGAAUUUCGUUUCACCUUGAGAGAUAAUGGCAUGCGUGCAGCCUUCCAACUGCUUCAUAUGGUUCUUGAGCAUAGCGUCUGGCUGGAGGAUGCAUUUGACAGAGCAAAGCAAUUAUAUAUGUCAUACCACCGGUCUAUUCCUAAAAGCCUGGAACGAUCUACUGCUCACAAACUCAUGUUAGCGAUGAUGAAUGGAGAUGAGCGGUUUGUUGAGCCUUCUCCAAAAUCACUGCAGAAUUUAACAUUGCAAACCGUGAAGGAUGCAGUGAUGAAUCAAUUUGUAAACAAUAACAUGGAGGUAAGUCUUGUUGGGGAUUUUUCAGAGGAAGAAAUUGAGUCUUGUAUUCUAGAUUACCUUGGUACAAUCACAACAACUACAACUUCUGAGACGGCACCUGCUUCUGUCCCCAUCGUGUUUCGACCGUCUCCAUCUGAGUUGCAAUUUCAGCAGGUAUUUUUAAAAGAUACAGAUGAAAGAGCAUGCGCUUAUAUUUCAGGUCCCGCACCCAACCGUUGGGGUGUUACAUUUGAAGGUUUAGACUUGUUAGAAUCAGUUGGUCAGAUUUCAAGAACAGAUGAAAGCGACGAAUCUGAUAAUGAUAUCGAGAAGAGUUUGCAGAGAAAACUUCGUAGUCAUCCGCUCUUUUUUGGGAUCACGAUGGGACUUUUGGCUGAGAUUAUAAACUCCAGGCUUUUCACAAGUGUACGGGAUUCUCUCGGAUUGACAUAUGAUGUCUCCUUCGAAGUGAGCCUGUUCGAUAGGCUUAAGCUUGGAUGGUAUGUUAUAUCUGUGACAUCAACUCCAGCCAAGGUGUACAAAGCUGUUGAUGCAUGCAAAAGCGUUCUGAGAGGUUUACAUAGCAACAAAAUUGCCCAAAGAGAGUUGGACAGGGCAAAACGAACUCUUCUUAUGAGACAUGAAGCUGAAAUAAAGUCCAAUGCUUAUUGGCUUGGCCUAUUGGCUCAUCUUCAAGCGUCUUCUGUUCCACGGAAGGACCUAUCGUGCAUCAAAGAUCUUACGUCAUUGUAUGAAGCUGCCACCAUUGACGACGUCUACAUCGCUUACAAUCAGUUGAAAGUGGACGCAGAUUCUUUGUAUACAUGUAUCGGGAUAGCUGGAGCUCAAGCUGGGGAAGAAAGUAUUGUUCCGAUUGAAGAGGAAGGAUCAGAUCAAGAUUUUCAAGGUGGUGUUCCCUCUGGACGCGGCUUAUCUACAAUGACCAGACCCACAACAUGAUCCUCACUUGAUAAAUUUUUUUAAAUUAUCGAAAUAAGGGAUCGACCAAUGAAAGGAUUAAUGUUCUCUUCAAAGUUGAGCCAAUUAUUUAGCCAAAGCAUAUGGAAGCUGCAGCGCCAAUCUCGGUCGGUGUAGAGAAAUCAGAUCGUCGUAAGCCCCGAUUAACAUACGAGUGGUCUAACUAGCAUGCUUUUGUGCUUGGGUUUCUUGCUUGCCAUCAGGCACUAUUAUUGGUUGAGUAUACAAGGAUGCUGAUUCAUUUUGCAUAAUGCAUCAUUUAGAUAGCAGCCACAGAGCUUGAUUGUGUUCAUCACAGUGUCAGAGUAUGCUUCUCUAUUUCCAAUUGUAUAUUGUAGAGUAUUAUAGUCUCUCUUGUGGUAUGGGAAGUAACUAUUUAAAAACUCAUUUUCUUCUAUAAUAUGAAGAAUUCGAACGUCUAGCAUUUUGUUUA